AUGGAAAAAUUAUUAAUAAAAAGGGAGUCUGACUUAGAAAAUUGUGUAAUUUGUUUACGAACGGACAUCCAAUUGCUCACAGAACAUGAAGUCAGAACAGAAAUUCUAUCCUUGUACCAAGAUUUCAUCAACGAUUACGUCGAAAAUCUGCAAGAAAUCCAAACAAAAAUCUGCUUUGAAUGCGUUGAUACCUUAAACAGCAUCUUAGAAUUCCGCAGCAAAUGUAUUACUUCCGUUCAAAUAUUGAGCACCAAAGUCUAUCGGCAACCGGUUGUGAUGUUGGAAGAUAUUUCAUUGAAAAAUUAUGAAACAAUUGAGAUUAAACCAGAAAUUUUCGUCGAAGAACUUCCUGUGACACCUGUUCUAAUUAUGAAAAAGCCACAAAAAGCAAAGAAAGUCACUAAAAAGCCUCUAAAAACUAAAGAAAAUUCAGUUUCAAAGCCGGAAAUUCGUGAAAUCAUCAGAAGAGCCCCUCAAAAAACUACCUACUGUUACAUUUGUUGCGCUUCCUUCAGGCAAAUAAAUUUGCAUGUCUACUAUAAUCACACAAUCGAACGUGAAAACAACGAAACUUGCUGUGCAUUGUGCCUUGAAAGCUACGACAAGAUGGAAAAUCUUUACGAACAUCAAAAAAAUUCGCAUUUUGAAUACGAAAACUUAAGGCGCUGCGGAAAAUGUGACGAAAUCGAGACAAAAAGUCGUGAAGAGUACAUCAAUCAUGUGCACAAAACUCAUUAUCCGAACAAAAAGCGAAUUUACAUUUGUGACUUUUGCCCGACAGUUUAUUUGGACAAAGUAUUUUUUAAGGCUCAUAUUUGGCAGCAUCAAGGCGGACUAAAGUGCGAUCAUUGCCAUGAAGUAUUUUUUGAUAUGACAAAAAGACAAGAACAUAUAGAGAAACACAUAGAAAAGCAAGAGCAACGAAAGGAAAUUCUGUUCAUUUGUCAUUUUUGUGAUCGGAAAACGAACACCAAAGCAGCUAUUAAAAUGCAUUUGUUCAAUAAACAUGCUAUUGACAAAAUCUUCAAGUGCGAAAAGUGUGACACAAUGUUCAAGACAAAAAAACGACUUUCGGACCACGUUCUAAGAUAUCACACGGAACAAUCAGCAGUUUGUCCUCAUUGUGGCAAAAAGUGCUCAAAUGCGAAAAACUUGAAACGUCACGUUUCUAACAAUCACGAAGGUACGAAAAGAAAGAAAAAGAACAAAAUUCCUCUAACUCGUGAAUUUGCCUGCGAUGAAUGCGACGCAAAAUUCCUCUACAAAAGCUCCCUUAAAAAGCACAAAUUCUCGCAUAGCAAGACGCGACCAUAUAAUUGCCACAUGUGCUUCACUGGCUAUUACAUGAACGAGUACCUGCGAAAUCACUACCUGAGGGUGCACGGCGUCGUUCACAGCGCUAAGGAAAUUCGAAAAAUGAAUGGAUUUAAGUUAACAGGAGAUUCUGAUACAGAUUAA